UGAGUCCAAAUACUACAGGUGAGAUGAGUCCAAAUACUACAGGUGAGAUGAGUCCAAAUACUACAGGUGAGAUGUGUCCAAAUACUACAGGUGAGAUGAGUCCAAAUACUACAGGUGAGAUGAGUCCAAAUACUACAGGUGAGAUGAGUCCAAAUACUACAGGUGAGAUGAGUCCAAAUACUACAGGUGAGAUGAGUCCAAAUACUACAGGUGAGAUGAGUCCAAAUACUACAGGUGAGAUGAGUCCAAAUACUACAGGUGAGAUGAGUCCAAAUACUACAGGUGAGAUGAGUCCAAAUACUACAGGUGAGACGAGUCCAAAUACUACAGGUGAGACGAGUCCAAAUACUACAGGUGAGACGAGUCCAAAUACUACAGGUGAGACGAGUCCAAAUACUACAGGUGAGACGAGUCCAAAUACUACAGGUGAGACGAGUCCAAAUACUACAGGUGAGACGAGUCCAAAUACUACAGGUGAGACGAGUCCAAAUACUACAGGUGAGACGAGUCCAAAUACUACAGGUGAGACGAGUCCAAAUACUACAGGUGAGACGAGUCCAAAUACUACAGGUGAGACGAGUCCAAAUACUACAGGUGAGACGAGUCCAAAUACUACAGGUGAGACGAGUCCAAAUACUACAGGUGAGACGAGUCCAAAUACUACAGGUGAGACGAGUCCAAAUACUACAGGUGAGACGAGUCCAAAUACUACAGGUGAGACGAGUCCAAAUACUACAGGUGAGACGAGUCCAAAUACUACAGGUGAGACGAGUCCAAAUACUACAGGUGAGACGUGUCAAAAUACUACAGGUGAGACGAGUCCAAAUACUACAGGUGAGACGAGUCCAAAUACUACAGGUGAGACGAGUCCAAAUACUACAGGUGAGACGAGUCCAAAUACUACAGGUGAGACGAGUCCAAAUACUACAUUGGAGACGAGUCCAAAUACUACAUUGGAGACGAGUCCAAAUACUACAGGUGAGACGAGUCCAAAUACUACAGGUGAGACGAGUCCAAAUACUACAGGUGAGACGAGUCCAAAUACUACAGGUGAGACGAGUCCAAAUACUACAGGUGAGACGAGUCCAAAUACUAGCUGUAGGAACUGGUCUGUGGAAGCCACAAACAAAGGAGCCUGCUGUUCCAAUGCUAUUUUAAAUAAUUUCAUAAACUCAAGUUGGGCUUGAUUUGAGUUUGUGUGGUGUAAAAAAGAAAUCGCAAACCCUGCCCAUGUGGCGCUAUAGGCAGUCUAAAGCAAAUGUUAAGUAUUUGAAUGAUUACAAACAGUACUUGAACCCGGGUCUGUAGUGUUAAUCUGUAUGACUGACUGUCUCUCUGUCCCCCUCCCCUCAGGGGUAGUGCAUUACAGAAACGUCUGAGAGACCGUGAGAAGGAGACGGAGCUGGAUGAUAGAGACCGGAAGAGGGAGAAGGAAGAGCAUGAUCAAAUCAGACAGAGACUGUUAGCUGAGGGA